AUGCUUGUUGGGGAGGCUGAGCAUUGGUGGAGGGGCACCUAUCAGAUGCUUGCUGCCAGAGGAGUUACAGUUGACUGGGAAUGUUUCAGGACGGUGUUCAUGGAAAAGUACUUCCCUGAGAGUGUGAGGCACGCCAAGGAGGCUGAGUUUAUGAGGUUACACCAAGGAGGGAUGACAGUUUCUGAAUAUGCGAUGAAAUUCGAGCACCUGGCUCUGGAGAAGGCAAAGGUGGUGGAAUGGUUGGAGGGUGGCAACCGGGUUAUGAGGACUGCUGGUGGGCCAUAUGGGUCCAAGAGGGGCGAGAGUCAGAGGAAGUUGUAUGAUAGACCCCAAUCACAGCAAGGGGGCUCUGGUAGUAGGCAAUCUUCCAGUACUGCUAGUGGAGGUAGACAGAGUGGAGGUGCCACUCUGAGAUGUUACAGGUGUGCUGGGCCACACUUUAUUAGGGACUGUCCAUACACGGAGAGUCGUUGCUUCAGAUGUCAUCAGAUGGGCAACGAGUCCACCAACUGCCCUGCUAGAGGCAGACCAGAGAGGAGUACUCAGAGGAGUGAUGUGUAG